AUGACCGAUCCAACGGUAAACGAAACGACGUCGAAGAGCGGCGGCGGCGGCGGGUCUGACGCAUCUCGAAUCGGAGAGGUAAAGCAAUGGCUGACUCAAGAGUUCUCCCAAGCUGGAAAAGAAGUGCCCGAUUUCGAAUAUACCCCUCGAUCGGUGGCAUAUUUACACAACCUUGCCACUCUCUCCCAAGCCCAAACUCAAGCUUCCAAGAUCCUCGCCUCUGAUUUCCGCCUCAAAGCCUCCGAAUACCGAGCCCAAGCUGCGAGGAUCGGAGAGAUAUUGGAGAGUGUUGGUUUGGCACAAGAGGGUUUGGCAUCGAACGUGGUGUCUUCAGCUCAGGUCUUAGCGAAUGUAGCCAAUUUGUUGAAUAUAAGAGACACUGAGCUAAGCAGUUUUCUUGUGGCGAUGGGGGAUAUAUCCUUGAGGAAGACGGGUGUGGAGGAGAAAAGAGCUAAAGCGCAAAAAGAGUCCAAUAUACUUCUUGAUUAUACUCGAAAGGCGAUUUCCAGGUUAACUUAUUUGAAAAGAACACUUGCCCAACUAGAAGAUGAUGCAGGUCAAUGCGAGGCACACAUUGAGCAUUGGAAGAACAACUUGGCGCUGAUGCUUGGUAAGGAGAAACAAUACAACCAAGAAACUGUCCGCUUUAAGGACACUCUUAACCGUGUGGGUUACACCCCAGAUAUUAGCCAUGGGGUGUUGGUUGGAUUGGCUGAGGAACGGAAGGAAUUAGAGAAGAAGACAAAGCCAGUCCUUGAUACUUUGAGAAGCUACCAAGAUUUACCUCCGGAUAAAGCUUUGGCUGCUUUAGCAAUCGAGGACAAGAAAAGGCAAUAUGCUGCUGCGGAAAAGUAUUUUGAAGAUGUGCUGCAUACAGCUCUUUCCACUUCGAAGUAA